UCUCUUGGACGCAGAGAACAGCAGAGGCAGAUAGAAAAAUGGCCCUCGAUAAUUUAAUUUUCGGGCAAUGCAUCCUUUAUUUUUUUGCCUUCGUUUUCGGCUUCAUCGCCGUGGUGCCUAUGUCUGAAAACACGGAGGAUUUCGGAGGAAAAUGCCUGCUCUUCACACGGGGAAUGUGGCAAAACGAGAACAUCACGGUGUCGAAGCAGCGCUUCAUCGUGGAGGAGUGGGGACCCGAGUCCUCGUGCAGCUUUAUCACUUUUGUCGGGAUAUCGUCCCUCAUAAUGUCCGCAGUGCAGGCAUGGAGGCUGCUCUUCUUACUGUGCAAAGGACACGAUGACUCCAUCUUUAACGCAUUCCUCAACCUGCUGAUCAGCUCCCUGGUGGUGUUCACAGUCUUCCUGUCCAGCACCAUCAUCAGUGUUGGUUUCAACAUGUGGUGUGACUCCGUCACAGAGGGUGGGACUAUGCCCAGCAGUUGUGAGGACCUGCAGGACACUGAUCUAGAACUCGGCCUGGACAACUCAGCUUUCUACGACCAGUUUGCUAUAGCUCAGUUCGGCCUGUGGGCUGCGUGGCUCACUUGGCUUGGGAUCGCAGUGAUGGCCUUCCUUAAGGUCUACCACAACUACAGACAAGAGGACCUUCUGGACAGCCUGAUCCACGAGAAGGACCUUCUGCUGGGCCGCUCCUCUCGCCGCAACUCUGACCUCAAGAGCGGCCUGCUCUAGAAACCAGAGGACACACCAACACACACUCGCUCACACUCAUCCGUGCAGUCCUCAUGCCAUGAGAAACACCAAUGUUUGCCUCUGUAGACAAUCAAAUUGGCUUUCGCUCUCAUUGAUCAUGAAUUGAAUCAAACCGGUUUUAGCUUUGUUCUCCAAAGGUAAUUGAUUUUCCCUCCAAAAAUCUCCCAGUGGUGUUUAAUCCUUGAGGAAUUUAGCCUUAUUGAGCUUAUUCGUCCAGUGCUUGCAUUCCUCUUCAACACAAACAACCAUAGUUCAGCCCCCACAGUAUUCAGCCCAUAUAAUGGAAAUUCCAGUACUUCCAGUUUUUUCUAUUUAGCAACCCAUUAUUAAUGGCUGGACUGAUUGGCCAGUGGAUCAUGUUGUCUUUGUGAAAGUUCUGCAUGGACCAAAUGCAUGACAAAUUAAUAGGGUGGUGGUUUUUAGAUGUAGAGGGUUGUUAUUUUUGUUUUAUACACCAAUAAAUGUAUUCCUAAGGAAGGAUUUUAUCUGGUAGGAUGUGCAAUGAAUCUCAAUGAAGAAGUCUUUGCAUGCGGCAGCAAAGUAAAAGGAUAUGUGCUGUAGCAACGUAUUCAAACCUUUAUCAGCAGUGACAAAAGGUGUUUCAUAAAAUGACAAAUUGUAGUUCAGUACAUUUAGGUAUGGGGCAGCCGGUCCAAAAAUGCUUUUAGCAAUCUAUGUGAGAUAAAAAUCACAUUUGUGCCAUAUAGUAACUCGGGCCUCUUCUUCACACUUUAUAGGCUACAAACCAAUAUACUGUGUUACUGUGAGUAGACGCACAAAUGUACCCGCAUGCAUCUUUCUCCCUUUUACAUACACAUCACGCACUUACUUGUUGGCAGGGAUAACAGGAAGAAAGCACAUCACCUGCUUGACCUUGAUAGGCAAUGACAGUUUUAUUCAAAACAAGUGAAAUCAUAAAACGGUAGGAACCAAGAAAACCCUCCAUAAAGGCACUUCUUUCAAAGUGACCAUAAACAUGUAGACAGCCAUGAAAUGCUGCUUCUAAGCUAAAUGUGCAUAUGCAGGACAUGUGUUUACUGGAUAGCCUAUUUUAUUGCUAUUGACAAUUGAGUCUGACAGUACGGAGUUGAGAGUGUUUGUUUCUUCUAUACAGGCGUUAUUAGCCUAAUAUUGCUUUGACAUUCAAAUGUGAAACCUCCAAAAUCCGAUGCUUUUCUUCCAAACCCUGAAACCUGUUAUAUAAAGCGACAUGUUUUACUGGAAA